AUGAGCACCAAUCAACUCCAACUUCCCCCGCAAAACCGGUACAUCACCACACAUAACGCAGAUGGCAAGGCGGUGUUUUCAAAUCAACUGCCAGACGCCAUGCCGAAACAACUUUUCAACGAGAUACCGUUCGGCCUAGCUUACACGUCCAGCGAAUUCCCUGCCCAACUGUCCGCAGAGGCCGAUCUUGCGAAAUACGAAGCCAACCUGUCCACACCUCCUGGUCUGGUUAUUUCCACCGGGACCGUUUGUCGGAUCGUCGAUUUUGCCCCCCAUGUUGGGAGUCCAAUGCACCGCACUGUAUCUUUGGACUACGGGGUUGUGCUGGAAGGCGAGGUGGAGCUUUCAUUAGACAGCGGAGAAAGGAGAAUUUUGAAGAGAGGCGAUGUGGCAGUUCAGCGAGCUACAAACCAUGCUUGGAAGAACGUUAGCCCUGAUAACGGGUGUGCCAGAAUGCUCUAUGUGCUUACUCCUUGCCAGCCCGUUCAGGUAGAAGGGUUGGGGCUGCUCGGCGAAGCGGUUGAUGGUAUUGGUGUCAAGGCCAGCGAAUAA